AACACACGGGGGUGUCACCAGUGGCGAACCGCUCCUCGACCGCGGACAAGGUCCUCGCGCGUUUCCCCCUUUGGUCCCCGGCAGGAUGAAGCACUUAGACCUUUUCGAUUAAUAAAAAUUGGACUUGAGAAAAAAACUAAAACGAAAAGGGAGAAGACAUGGCGAACACGGCUCAUCUCGUUCGCCGGCAAAGCUCCCGCGACUUAAAGCCCCAGAAAAGCAUCGAUAAGCUCGAGAUGAAAGAGAUGCGUGGUAGAUUAAUGGUGGAGAGUCGGAAGAACAUCGCCACUGCCAAUUACGGGGCCACCAAUGCGGCCUUCGAAGACACCAGUCCUAACAAGAGCAAAAUAGUCAACGGUCCCGGCAACAACGAUGGCAAGGCGAUUUUCCGACCGGAAGCGGGCGAAGAUGAACGUGAAAGUUGGGAUAGUAAACUCACAUUUCUCCUGGCGACCGUAGGAUACGCGGUGGGCCUUGGAAACGUAUGGCGGUUCCCCUAUCUGGCACAGAAAAACGGCGGAGGCGCUUUUCUAAUACCUUAUUUCGUGAUGCUGGCCAUCGAGGGUAUUCCUAUAUUUUAUCUGGAAUUGGCAAUCGGCCAGAGAUUGAGAAAAGGCGCUAUUGGAGUGUGGAAUCAGGUAUCCCCGUACAUGGGCGGUAUCGGAAUCAGCAGCGCCGUAGUCUCUUUCAACGUGGCUCUUUACUACAAUACAAUUAUCGCCUGGUGCCUAUUUUAUUUCGUUCAGAGUUUCCAGUCGCAGCUCCCUUGGGCGGAGUGUCCCAAUAGGUACUUUCAAAAUGGAUCUUACGCGCCUGAACUCGAGUGUUUGGUCAGCAGCCCUACGCAAUAUUUCUGGUAUCGAACCACGCUGAUGGUAUCCAAGGACAUCAAUACGCCGGAAGCGUUUAACUGGAAAAUCGCACUGGCGCUGAUCAUCGCCUGGAUCCUCGUAUAUAUGUGUAUGAUUAAGGGUAUCGCGUCCUCGGGCAAGGUCGUGUAUGUGACCGCCACGUUUCCGUACAUCGUCCUGAUCAUUUUCUUCUUCCGAGGCGUGACGUUGAAGGGUAUGUCGGACGGUCUGCGACAUCUCUUCACGCCAAAGUGGUACACGCUAACCGAUCCUGUAGUCUGGCUGGAGGCUGGAACGCAAAUCUUCUUCUCUCUAGGCCUAGCUUUCGGCGGCCUGAUAGCGUUCUCUUCGUACAAUCCAGUGAAUAAUAAUUGUUAUCGCGACGCCAUCAUGGUCAGCCUGACGAAUUGCUUCACGUCCAUGUUCGCGGGAAUCGUCGUCUUCUCGAUCAUAGGGUUCAAGGCUACCAUGGUUUACGAACAGUGUUUAUCGGAAAGGAAUAACACGUUGAUAAGUAUAUUCGGCCACGCCAAUAAGAUACCUGAGAACAUCCCGAUCGCCGGCACGCCGCUGAACGUCACGAAUAACGGAUCGCUGGACUUGAUAAUGCCGGAACUGCCCGAAUGCGAUUUGGAGAAGGAGCUGGAUAACUCGGCGUCGGGUACAGGCUUGGCGUUUAUCAUCUUCACCGAGGCGAUCAAUCAGUUUCCCGGUGCUCAAUUCUGGUCGAUACUGUUCUUCCUGAUGCUGUUCACGCUGGGAAUCGAUUCUCAGUUUGGUACUUUGGAAGGUGUCGUCACCAGUAUCGUCGAUAUGAAGCUCUUCCCGAAUUUGAGAAAGGAGAUUCUGACAGGUGUGAUUUGUUUAGUGUGCUGCACGAUCUCCAUGGCUUUCGCUCACGGAGCUGGCAGUUACGUCUUCGUAUUGUUCGACAAUUUCAGUGGAAACUUUCCAUUGCUCAUAAUCGCGUUCUUUGAAUGUAUAGGGGUGUCCUAUGUCUACGGUUUAAAGAGAUUCGCUGAUGAUAUCGAACUAAUGACCGGCAAUCGACCUGGCCUUUACUGGUUGAUAUGUUGGAAGUAUCUCAGUCCACUGGCGAUGUUGAGUAUUUUGAUCGCGUCCUUUGUCGAAAUAUUUUUCGAAGGAAGCGGUUAUUCGGCCUGGGUAUCGAGUAAAGGCAUUACAGAGAGAUACGAAUGGCCCGUUUGGUCUCUAGUCCUUAUCGCCAUUCUCAUUCUUACUUCCGUUUUAUGGAUACCCGCAGUCGCUAUUUGCAGAUAUUAUGGAAUUCUCAUCAUUGACGACAACGAAAAGGCCUGGUUCCCCGCGGCGGAUCUGAAAGAAUUCCACGGAAUCAUGCCGCACGAAGUGACAGUGGCCGAGACAUUGCUGUUUUGCAUCAGGAGUGACGGUUCCGAAGGAUUGUGCUGUCCUACGGGCGGUCCCAGCGAUGACGAGGACGAGGACCUCACCUAGGAUCAAUCUCGAUCGCGACGCGCGUUUCCGUGGAUGAUCUUGCCUCGAGAAACGCUCCAAUUCAUCCUGUGACGAUCAUUUUCGACUGCUGCUGUUGCCAUUUCGUCGAAAAUGGCUGUAAUCUGUUUUGGUGAAUCUGGUCGAUUUGUAGUCAGCGCACAUCCGCGUGGUAGGAUCUUAUCUAUUGUGUCAAUUAACAUAAGCUUCGGCGGUAGAAGACGUUUCUUCAUAAUGCAAAGACGGAGAUGCAUUCUUGAAAGAGAUUAAUUUUAUCUUUCUUUUUUUUUCCAAUCAACUUUAACAACUUGUUAACCAGUCAACUUGUUAACCAUUCAAAUUUUUCUUCAAAGAUUCUCUGAUUAAAAAAUAACACUUAGGAUUUAAGAUUAUCUGAUGUCUCGGAUAAGAUAUACAUAUAUCUCGAUAAGAAUAUAUUUAUUCGAGAACAUUUUUGAAUGUAUCUCCGCCUGAGAGGUAUAAACUCGUUUGCAAUUUUGAGUUUCUUAAGUGACGUUAACUAUGCGAAAUGGCUUUCGAAGCUUCGCGGAUAUACUGAAAAAUACUAGACAACCAUCUGCACAUACGCAGUUUCCGAGCGAACAACACAAUCGCGCGUCGCGUGGACGGUAAUGAAAAGUAAUCUUGUGCGGAGAAAAUUGCCUGUUAUACAAGUUAACGAUGAAACAUUUACUCUUUAGCGAUUGCGAUUAACGUCAGAUUUAAUAAGAUUUAGCGGUAGGAGCCGUCCAGUGGACUUGGGUGGGUAUACCCAAAACAUUGUUUUAGAUAGGUAGCCUUGGAUCUGAGCGUUUGGAUCCUUAGAUCUAUGGGUAUUUGAUAAGUUUCGAGCUUUUGAACAUCAAUGGAUCUAAGAGAUCUAAUCCUAUAAGCACUCAUAAGAAUCCGAGAGAGCGCAAAUAAGUGAAUAAGAAGACGGAGAUAUUCAAAGGUAUAUUUAAAAAUAUGGAUGAGGGCAAGCACGGAUGGGGAAUUCAAGAGAAUUCGAGUAUAGUAUAAAUUCAAGAUGAAUAUAUGGGAUCCUGCCAAAGAUCUAAGGAUCCAGGAAUCCACAAUUGAUUACGUGGACUGAUGUGACAAUAAUGAACUUAAUGUAAAGAGGAUGAAAAUUGAUGACAAUAAUUGGACUAAAUCAUGCUUGACAAUAAUAUUAACAGUGCGCGGCAUGCGAUGCGCACUCGGAGGAUGCCUGGAAAGCCGAAAGGCAAUUAAUUCAACCGACAGAACUGGUUUCUUCGGGCUAAGAGAUAUUAUCAUCGUCCCGGCCAUAGGUUAAUCAACUAAUUAGUUUCACGUAGGUCAAUUAUGAUUCUGAUUUCAUCCCGUUGCGCAUGUUCAAAUUCGACCUGUGAUACAUGGAAUAUAUUAUUUAAAAAAUUAUAUAUAUAUAUGUAUAUAUACAUAAUAUAUGCAUUGUUGUAUUUGAUUAAAAGAAAGAGUUCAAGUCUGGGUCGAAAUUGAACAUUAAAGGUGUUUCCGAAUAUUCCACGGAAUCUUCCUGCUCGCAUUUCUUUGCGACAACUCAAAUGGCCUGAUAUCUUCCGGUGAUAUUUUAGACUUAACUCUUUGCACUUGAAUAUCUUUCCGCGUGAAAAAAUGGUUGUAUUAUUUUAUACAAGAAACUUUAUUACAUCCAGUUACAUAUUCUGUUAUAUAAUUAUAUAUAUAUAUAUAUAUAGAUUGCAGCAACAUGUAUAGGAAUAUAAACACGAAUUUUUCACAUUAUCGAUUGCACAGAUGUGACUAACAAAGAUUUUAUAGACUCAUGUUAAGACAAGAUAUUCUAGUGCAAAGAAUUAAUGAAUUAAUGACUACUCGGUUGUGGAGUAUUCGCCUAAAACGUACAAAUGUUAACGCGGACAAUAAGUAGAAUUUUGUUUCUUCGAGUCUAUUAGUAAACAGAGAGAUAACUUGCAUUAGCAAUCGUUAAGCGACUAAUUAAAUAAUAACAAUAGGAGUCCUCGAUUAAACAAUGACGAAAAUCGUCAUCGGUUAAUUAAUGACGAGAGAUAAAUCAUAUCUUGAUAUCAUAUCAUUUGUUACAAUGCACAUACUAGUUUUUUAUCUUAUACUCGCUCGAUCUUCCUCAAAAGAAAGAAAGACUCUGUUUAGAGAUUGGAUGCGUUUUAUAACGUGUUCUUAGAAAUUUUGAAAUAUUAUUUAAGUGAAUUGAAGAUUAUCUCCUUUUAUCUUUUAGUGAAUGCUAUACUAUUUCUUGACUGAAACUAGUUAUCUUCCAUUUGACAUUCUCUAAAUUCUAAUGUUUUACCACACAAUCGACAAUCUCGUAUUUAAUUUCAUUAAUGUUCAUUUCUACCAAUGUAGAAUAAUUUUAAUCUCCAUUUUUACAUUUCAUCUUU